UCUCCACUCCAGCGAUGGUGCAGAUCUUUGUUGCAGUCUGUACCUGUGCUGUACUUUAAAACAGAUUCCCGGUGAAGCACACAGACCAGUGUGGAGAUGCUGAAUGGAUGCAGCCGGAGAUCGAGUCCUGAAACACAACAGGCGGAUGUGUGAAACCAUGGAAUCUGAUCCUGGACCAGUUUCAGACUGACCUCAUGAAGCUUAAUGACUGAAUCGUUUUUAGGAAUUUUAUCAGCGUUUUUUAAUUUUUUUAUUUGGAUAUUGGAAGUUUGCUUACGGCUCGACUCAAAGCUUUCCUUCAUUGAAUGAUCUGAAGCUACACCAGUUAGCUAAAGGAGAUUACACGGGGCCUGCGAAGGAUUUACCCGAGACGUAGCCGAGAGAGGAGCUCUGCAUUCCGGCGUCACGUUAACGCAACACCGUGGAUUUGAUCCGGCCUGCAAUUCUGGACGCAGAUUACUAUAAUAUCCCGCUUUUAGAUUCCACUUUUUUCCUUUAAACUUUCGAAAUAUUGCAUUUAAUAUCGAAUUCAACAAACAAAGAUGGCAACAAAUAGCCAAAUUUAUGGAUCCCUAUUUACUUUAAAUGAUUAACGACCCUGUUUGGAGCUAGCUAGCACGCUAACAAGCUAGCAAGCUAACAGGCUAACAAGCUAACACUACUUGCAGAUUUCUGGCUUGUUUUGCAGGCAAAAAUAACGUAGUUACAUUUUUUUUUGCUUCUAUGAGCAAAAAUAAAUUGCGACAGUUUAUUUAAUGGGUGCACUUUAAAAGAAAAAAUAUAUAUAUUUUAAAAUUAGUAUUUUUUCCCCUUUCAGUCACCUUGUUUACAACAUUGUCAGCCGAGGCUUCAGGGCACAGCAGAGUUCAGUGACAUUUAACAAGGAUUAAUAUCUUUUAAUUAUAUUAUUUUCACUAUGAAACAUUAUUACCUACUGAUUUAAGCAUGCACUAAUGUUAAACUUUACUUUAAAGCAAAAAAAAAAUGGAUGAACUAUGAUGAACAGCAACACAUUCAAGUGUUGUUGAUGUUUCUAAAUUACAAAUAACUCUAAAAUUAAGGCUCACACUUUAUUUUCUGGCCUCGUGAUCAUCUAAUCAACUUAGACUAAGGUCAAAGCAGAAAGGAAAUGUUAAAUCUGUCCGCUAGAUUGUUUGUUGUCCCAAAUCUAACGCUUUAAAGUGAGUGCACAGAGGUACCAUUUCUUUACCGUCUCAGCUUGCAGACAGAGAUGAUGUACACCAGGAUCAUCGCCAUGGCCUGAAGAUAGAAAUAAACUAUACAUACAGCGAGUAAAGUGAAAACUUUGCAUCUCUGUGAAUGAGUCAAGAGCGAGGAAGAAGACUAAAGAGAUGACCACACGCUGACUACACUUUCACUACACGUACUCGAGUGGUCAGGCUUCGGGAGCCGCGCAGACAUGAGUGUCCGACCUCCGACCUCGACUCUGGACAGGUUGAGCAGCUUGACGCUGGGAGACUCGAAGUCUUCCCUCGGCCAGCAGAGAGACUCUUUCUCCGAGUUCCCUUCUGACGGCGCAGCUGCAGGUCUGGUGCAGAGAUGUGUGAUCGUACAGAAGGACAACCUGGGCUUCGGCUUCACUGUGUGCGGAGAAAGAAUCAAGCUGGUGCAGAACGUUCGUCCAGGUGGAGCAGCAGUAAAAGCCGGAGUGCAGGAAGGAGACAGGAUUAUUAAGGUCAAUGGCUCCUUGGUGUCUUCCAUGUCUCAUCAAGAAGUAGUGAAGAUGAUUAAAUCUGGAACGUACGUGGCCUUGACACUCCAGGGUCCACCUCCUUCGGUAGCCUCUGUCCCUCUUCAACCCCUCCCAUCUGACCCUCCAGCCAAUCACAGGACACAGCCAGGCGAUGAAACCACACCUCCUCCACCCCCACCUUUGCCCGCUUCAGUACUCAGCUCGUCGUCACAGAGAAUCACCUGCCCCAAACCUCUACAGGACCCAGAAGUCCAAAAACACGCCACACAGAUCCUGAAAAAGAUGCUGGAGCAGGAAGAAGCAGAACUACAGGACCUGCUGGAGGAACAGUCCCGCAACCCGUCGCCCUCGCUGGAAGAGAGAAUAGAAAGCGCGAAAAGGCGUGCUAAUCAAGUCAGAGUGAAAAUGCAGAAGGAUCUGGAUGGAACACGUUCGGAAACCGCGAGCAACUACGUGAUCGCCGGAGAAGGUCGAAUGUCCGUAGUUGCAGGCGAACCAGAAUACGAUACAUGUGAGAGCCCUUUCUCCUCUCCCUCCUCAUCAUUCAGGACACAACACUGCAGACAUGGAUCCGGCACGCCUGAACCAGCAGGAAAAGCUCAGAUAAUCGGUCCAGAGGAAGAUGAUGAUUAUGACGGCUAUAUGGUGAAUGAAACGGACGGCCCAUUUCAGGACCUCGAGCUGCUGAAGACUCGUCCUGCGCACAUGACCGUUUUAAUGAGAUACAUCUUUAGUCAGCUUCUGGACCCAAACCCACUGCUUUUCUAUCUAUCCGUGGAGGCUUACUUGGGUUCCACCCCUAAAGACGCUCGUGCCAUCGCACCACAGAUCUGUUCUCACUUCCUGGAUCCUGAUGCUCCUCUGAAGAUUAAAGUCAGAGACGAGUAUUUGACCGAUAUAGAGACUCGUCUUCAUGCUCAGGAGGACAUCAGAGGUCCUCUGUCCGACCUCCAGCAGCAGGUGCUUCCAGAGAUCCAGGAACAAAUCAAGGACUACAGGAAUAAGCAGACGAUGGGGCUGGGCUCCUUGUAUGGAGAGAGCGAUCUUCAGCAGUUAGACGGCGACCCAGCGAAAGAGAGACAGGUGGUGGAGAAACAGACGGCAGCGCUGUGGGAACUGCUCUCAAAGCACGAAGAGGAGAAAAGUUCCCCGUUAGCAUCAGCGAUCACUCUUUACCUGCGGCACGCCGGGAUUAAGCUGAGAGACUCCAAACUUUUCCCAGGACUCAGCACUGAGAAGGAAAAGUGGCUCGCUUUCUUCCCCAAGACCAAGAGGCAGCUGAGCAGCACUAAGAGAGACAAAGAUGGAGAGGACAAGAAGAGGAAUCCCAUCUUAAAGUACAUCGGCAAGCCCAGGAGCACCACCCAAUCCACGUUCCAUGUCCCGUUAUCCCCUUCAGAAGUGCGUGCAGGUAACGUGCGGAACAUCAUCCAGCAGUUUGAGAACCAUACAGACGGUGAGGAAGGAGAGAACGGAGGGCAGAGACUUUCCACUGGCAGCCUCGGGGACGAGAGCAUGGACAGUCCUACAGUGUCAGUGCGUUUGGCUCGCAGCGAGUCCUUGAAGGCACAGGGCGAGGGGCGUCGCCGUGGAGGUGGGACGGGGGCGGAGUCAGUUCCCCGUUCCCGUAGUGACGUUGACAUGGAAGACUGUGACGAAAGGGAAGGGCCAGGUCUACGGCCGUUACAUCACAGCGCUUCUUCCUCAGCUUCCAGCAGCUCGGCGAGGUCACUCGAGAAUCCCACACCACCUUAUACCCCUCGCUCCAGACGCAGGAGCGUGGACACACCUUUGGCGCUGUUACCGGACGCUCCUCCUCUGGAAGAGGACGUUGUUGACUCACAAAACUGGCAGGAGACCGUGGAGUUACACACACUGCACUCCCUCAGCCCACGAGAGAUCGACCAACAAGCCGUCAUAUACGAAUUAUUCACCACGGAGGCUUCUCACCUGCGGACACUCAGGGUUCUGGAUCAGGUGUUCUUCCAGAAAAUGAGAAACCUUCUGACGCCAGACGAGCUUUCCUGUAUCUUCCCGAACCUGCCUCAGGUCUACGAGCUGCAUGCAAGUCUCUGUGAAUCCAUGAAGAAGCUGAGGGAAUCUCCUAUAGUCCAAGGCAUCGGAGACAUCAUGCUCGCUAGAUUUGAAGAUGCAGCAGGAGAGGAGUUUCAGGAGCAGGUGUCUCAUCUGUGCAGUCAACAGAGUCAGGCACUGGAGCUCAUAAAGAACAAACAGCGUAAAGACCCUCGCUUCGCUCACCUUAUACAGGAGUGUGAGGCGAGUCCUCACUGCCGCCGCCUACAGCUCAAGGACCUGCUAGUGUCCGAGAUGCAGAGACUCACCAAGUAUCCGCUCCUGCUGGACAACAUCAUCAAACACACAGAAGCCGGUUCUCCAGACCUGCAGCCGCUGCUGAGGGCUCAGGUGUGCUGUCGCAGGAUACUGCAGGCUGUUAACGAGGUCGUCAGGGAGACAGAACACCGACAACUGCUCAGCCAAUACCAGCGAAGACUGGACCUGUCACCUCUGGAGAGACAGGCCAAUCCCGUCGCAGCACCGUUCAAGAAUCUGGACUUGACCACAAAGAGAAUGAUUCAUGAAGGUCCUCUAACAUGGAAAGUCAGUAAAGACAAAGCUAUAGAGGUGCAAGCUCUUCUGCUCUCAGACCUCUUGGUGCUCCUCCAGAGAGGUCCAGAUGACCGCCUGAUCCUGCGCUGUCCAUCACGCUCUCUGGGCGGAGUCGGGAACACAGACCAUAAAACGCCAUUUUGCCCCGUGGUUCGCCUCAACUCCUCGCUCGUCAGAUCCAACGCCACAGAUAGCAAAGCGCUCUACGUGGUCAGCACGUCUGAGACACAGAUGUACGAGCUGGUGGCUGGAACGUCCUCAGAGAGAAACACCUGGAAGGAUUUGUUAGAAAAGACAAUCGCGUCGUCCUCCGAAGGCACAGCAGCCACCAAGCACGGAUCACCCACUCAAUCUGCUGUUCGGCGAUUACACAACAGUCACGUGAGUCAGGACGGUUCGCUGGCAGAAGAGACGAGCUCCAUGGAGAGAGAUUCGCAGAGCGAUGACGAAAGCGUUCUCCCUCCCAACACCCCAGGCGACCAAUCAGAAGCCUUCCUCCACAACGAUGCACACUGUAACCUGGCGCCACGGCCUGAAGUCUCUGAGGCUGCUCUUCAGGAUGUCGAGACAUUGAGACAGUUAAUCUUCAGAGAUCUGGAAGAUGGGUGGAGCCAAGAUUCAGAUGACACGCCCACCAACGAAACAGCCAAUGAAAGAAGCCCGUUCGCAGAUCGCCCCGGGUCAGAGGCGUCCGAGCCGAGCUUUACCGAAAGCCCAAGUCAGUCAAUGCAAGAUGCUGUCGAUGCCCCGCCCACUGAGGCGGAGCGACCGGCUUUCCAAGUUAUUAGGAAAGCUGUGGGUGUGGGCUCUUCUUCUAUUCCUGAUGACAUUCCUGAUGUCACCUCCAUCCAAUCUUCUGAUUCAAAAGGGAACCUUUUCUACCUGGUGAUGCCCAGAGACCAGAUGGGAGCUCUUACAGAGGAGAGCAGCACAGACGAGGUGAUCGAGCCUCGUCCUUCUGAGGCACAGGAAGCCAUCUCUUUGUCUUCACAGCAAGAGGACGAGGAUCAGGGAACAUCGAGCCGGUCACAUCCAGACGCGUCGAAGAACGAGAUGGGGCUCAGCCAAUCACGGACCAGCGCACAGGGACAUGUGAUAAAGAACACGGAUGAGAUUUUUCAAACGAUGGACCAGCUGAUGAAAAAGCUGCUUCGGCUCCGGGAGAUCGAAACUGAACAUUACAGACUUGUGAACACAGAGAAGAAGAAAUCUCCAGUCGGGCAAAAUUCAGACGACGUCAUCCACACUUCUGUUGUCAGGAUGCCAUCCAUGGACCGAGGAGCAGGAGACGGGAAAGAAGGAGAUGCUACAGAUGCCACUCAGCCUGUGAUACAGUCCACAGGAUUCUGACAUAACACACACACACACACUGUACUGAAGGAUUUUUUUAAAUAUACACUCUCAAAACAGCAUUUCUGUCACAUUUCACAUCCUAUGUAGCUCCUUCCUUCAAUCCCAGCAUGCUUUGCUCCCAGGAGAAGCCAGGAAUCUGCUGUAUGUAGUUUGUGUCCUCUUAUCGUCGGGAAGUGUGAGGAUGAGGACAGAAGGAGCUAGAAGGUUUAACGAUGCGUGGUAUUUAAAAGAAGGUAAAGUGAGGUUGAUACGACGGUAACGUUAACGAAGGUUACCCGAGGAAGGCGAGCUCGAAACGGGAUUGGCUGAGGAAAUGACUCCGCCCUCUGAAGCUGAAGGAUGCCCCCGCACUUUACCUGCUGUAUGUAUAUAAUCCGUACUCAAAAGGGGAACUCGUAUCUGUAAAAUGGGUUUAGUUUCCCAUAAUGCACCUGUGUCCGCUAUAGCUGUGUGCUCACUGCUCACCUUACACUAUGUGUGUGGAUGAAAGACAUUUAAAACACACACACACACACACACACUCACACACACACACACACACUUCAGGUUGUUUUGCACUGUGGUCCUAAGUAAGGAUGUUGCAUUACUAUCAUUGUGUACUAUGUUGUAGCGUUUAUUUGCUGUGCGAGAAGAAGCGAGUAAUGAAGGACUAGCACGGGUGGUUUUGGUUUUGUUUGUGUACUGUGUUAAAUCUCUACGCAAAGGGUUGGAGGCAGGAGUUCAUCCUACACUGAAAUACAACGAGAUAAAGCAUGGCCUUGUCAUAGGGUACAUCUUUUAUACCUUUAGUGUGUGUUUUACCUGGAAAGGUGCACAUUAUACACACUCUAUACACUACACAAAAGAUCCAUACUAGUGGUAUGAUGGUAGAUGGUACCAUACCAACGACAAGGGAAGGUACAGUUUAGUGAGGGGUUUUUUCCCCCCUCUCUGAGAGUGUAUGUAGCACAUCACCAACACCACCACUGCUGCACUGCACACUACUGUAUUGUUGUAUAUGCAGACUGUCACUGUUAAGAGGGAUUUAUUUAUAUAUAAAAAAAUCUGUAGCUUAAUAUCAUGUUACUUGUGGUGAUCUCGAGUCUGCGUAGUGUCAAUACUGUGAAGUCUGUCCCUCACCUCAGCAAUAGCACACGACGGGCUUCGAUCUAGCCCAUUAAACACUGACCUGAGAACGGAUCGGCUGUAUCUUUCACUUGAAAACUGGACACGGCUCAUCCGAGAUCGGCCUUAAAACCGAGCUCAUGUCAGGCGUAAGUCCUGAUUUUUGUCUAGUGAUCGAUGUCCCUGGGGCAACAAGAGAAAUUCAUAGGUAGUCCAUUGUCUGCAGAUAUAAUUUUCAAAGGAUUGGAGCUGGACCCGAUGUAAUAUGAUGUAAUAUGUGCUUUAGAACGCACAACUCAUAGGAGUUUAAUUUAGAAUCCGCCCAAGUAGGAGAUCAGAUCUGAUUUCAUAUCUUUGAGUUUUAUUUUGACUCAGUUAAGGUAGAACUUAGUUGUUGGAUCAGGUCUUUUUUCAGGAGUUUUAUUUCUGCUCAUUUUAGAUUGGAGUUACAUCACGUCUGAUUCAAUCCACUGGAGUUUUAUAUCGAAACAUCCCUAGUAAAAGGAACUGGAUCAGGUCUGAAUAAAAAACCCUGGAUAUUUGGUUCAACUCCCCCUAGGAGGGAGGAACCGGAUCAGAUCCGGAACUAGUUGAAUCCAGUCAGUCCACCGUUUUGUUUCUAAUCCACCUGUGUAGCAUGAGCUCGAUCUCACCUGACUCCACACCUUGGAGUUUCUCUUCUCCAGCAAGUGAUUCCUUAAGCAACCAACCAAUCAGAAGCUCUGUCAUAAUGACGUCACUAUAACAACCGCACAAUGUCACUAGUGAUUUGGCUAUUUUAAAAAAAUAUACUAUUUAAUGCUAAGCACUACAUCGAUAUGAAGAAAUUUAAUAGUUAAUGGUGAUGUCAUGAUGAUGAUUGUGAUUGGUUGAUCACAUGUAACCUAAGCUCCGCCCUUGUUGCCCAAAAGAAAGAUGUCAGACACUGAACAAAAUCAGAAUAUAUCCGAUUUGCCUAACACUAACUUAAAACCCUGUAGUGUUUAUCCUAUAAAAUCUAACACACAAAAGGAGAAGGAAGAUGUAUUUUUCCACCGCUGAGCUUUAUCAUCAGUACGAGUGGAUUUAAUCUGUGUCUGUCUAACUACUGUGUAACUCAGGUGGAGAAAUGAUGACCCUAUUUCUCUUCUUAGCUUUAACUUAUGCACCGUUUUCAAUCAUCUCAUCAUUUUUCUACUUUAAUUUCAAUCUUUU